AUGCCGGCUGCUCUAGGUAGCUUUAAUCGCCCGAUGAUCGACCGAUCCUCGCCUGCGGCCGUACGCACUACCGAGAAAUAUCUCUGGACCGGCACCCCCAACGCCUCCACCAGUUCCCUGCCGCCUUUGCCGAGCAGACUGACACUUGCACCGGUGUCCAAUAGACCCGUCAGCUGCUGGCCUAAAAUGGUUAUCCCGGCGAAGGGCCUGGGAUCGGAGAUGCCGCCCCGCUGCACUGCUGCGACGACUUCUCUUCGCUUUUCCCUACGCUUUCGAAACCGCUCUCUGGCCUUCCGAACCGUUCGGGAUACCUGGCGCAUUCCGCACAGCUGGUGUUGUUUAAAAAUUCUAUUUCUAGCUUCCAAAUACCUUCGCAUGCGCUCCUCAUAUGGCUCCCCUACAUCGCGGGUUUCCGUCCUGGGCGAGUUCCUCCCGCUCUCGCAUCGCCCAGCCGACCGUUUCCCGCGCAAUUCGGACAUUUUGGGGCAACAGUAUCGGCCUUUCCACAUCGGAAGCAGAACACUUUUCGCAGCUCCUGCUCGCAAUCGCGGAAUCCAUGGUCUAACGCUCCGCAGUUCCAGCAUCCGGCGCGGAACGGAUUUCGUGGCCUCUCCCGGACUUCCUCGACCUCUGGCGGGUGCUCCUCCUCGUCUGGUUCCGGUCCAGCCACCUCGCUGA